UCCGCCUUCCCGCCCGCGCCGGGCCGGGCGCCGCCUCCCCCCUGCCUCCCUCUCCGCUGCGGUCAUGUAGGAAAUUGUAAACCAUGUGAAGAUGGGACUCUUGGUAUUUGUGCGCAAUCUGCUGCUAGCCCUCUGCCUUUUUCUGGUACUGGGAUUUUUGUAUUACUCUGCGUGGAAGCUGCAUUUACUCCAGUGGGAGGACCCCAAUUCAGUGGUUCUUUCCUUUGACUCCGCUGGACAAACACUAGGCGCAGAGUAUGAUCGGUUGGGUUUCCUCCUGAAGCUGGACUCUAAACUGCCUGCUGAGUUAGCCACCAAAUACGCAAACUUUUCAGAGGGAGCUUGCAAGCCUGGCUAUGCUUCAGCCUUGAUGACUGCCAUCUUUCCUCGGUUCUCCAAGCCAGCACCCAUGUUCCUGGAUGACUCUUUCCGCAAGUGGGCUAGGAUUCGGGAAUUUGUGCCGCCUUUUGGGAUCAAAGGUCAAGACAAUCUGAUCAAAGCCAUCCUGUCAGUCACCAAAGAGUACCGCCUGACCCCUGCCUUGGACAGCCUCAGCUGUCGCCGCUGCAUCAUCGUGGGCAAUGGAGGUGUCCUUGCCAACAAGUCUCUGGGGUCACGCAUUGAUGACUAUGACAUUGUGGUCAGACUGAACUCAGCACCCGUGAAAGGCUUUGAAAAGGACGUGGGCAGCAAAACUACACUGCGCAUCACCUACCCUGAGGGCGCCAUGCAGCGGCCCGAACAAUACGAACGCGAUUCUCUCUUUGUCCUCGCUGGCUUCAAGUGGCAGGACUUCAAGUGGUUGAAGUACAUUGUCUACAAGGAGAGAGUGAGUGCGUCGGAUGGCUUCUGGAAAUCUGUGGCCACUCGAGUGCCCAAGGAGCCCCCUGAGAUUCGCAUCCUCAACCCGUAUUUCAUCCAGGAGGCCGCCUUCACCCUCAUCGGACUGCCCUUCAACAACGGCCUCAUGGGCCGCGGGAACAUCCCGACCCUUGGCAGUGUGGCAGUGACCAUGGCACUACACGGCUGUGAUGAGGUGGCGGUUGCAGGCUUUGGCUACGACAUGAGCACACCCAAUGCACCCCUGCACUACUAUGAGACCGUGCGCAUGGCGGCCAUCAAAGAGUCCUGGACGCACAAUAUCCAGCGAGAGAAAGAGUUUCUGCGGAAGCUGGUGAAAGCACGUGUCAUCACCGACCUAACCAGCGGCAUCUGAGGCGGGCCCAGCACAUGGCCACGGAGGUCCUGGCACCGCCAAGAGCAAGCAGCAGCCACCACCACCUGCCCACUUCAUUGGCCUUGGUCUGGCUCUGCCUG